AUGAGCAUGGACGAAAAAGUUUUGGUGACUGGUGCUUCCGGCUAUAUUGCCUUGCACAUUGUCAACAUUUUGCAAUCAGAGCGGUACCAUGUUGUUGCGACUGUGAACAGCCAAAAUAAAGCCGACCAAAUGGCUAACUCAUUUGAGCACUACUACCCUUAUGCAGUGCUAGACGUUGUUGUCGUAGAGGACGCUACCAGCGAGAGCGCUUUUGAGAAAGUAUUCGAAGAUCAUCCUGACAUCCAACACGUAAUCCACACGGCGCCCACGGCAAUUGCGGGGACAGAAAGUACCACCGAAGCGUCGUUUUUGAUCCCCGCAACCGAGGGCACAAAAAAUGUGCUAGAGUCCAUCAAAAGGCACGGACAGAAUGUGAAGACGGUGGUUGUAACAUCCUCGUUUGCAGCCCUCAUGGACUUGCAAAAUGCAGCGGAUCCCAAGUGCGUGAUUUCGGAAAAGUCUUGGAAUCCAAUUACGUGGGAAGAGGCCAAAGGCAACGAGAACAGGGCCUAUGAAGCCUCCAAAAAGGUGGCAGAACAACUGGCUUGGAAUUAUUAUGAGGAAAACAAGGGUCACCUAAAUUUCACUCUGACUACUGUAAACCCGCCAUUUGUCUUUGGCCCCCAUGUUUUUGAAUGGAAGUUGGAGGUAGAUGAAUGGAACACUACGGCGCUUUAUAUCAAGAAAGCACUUGAAUUGUCGCCCGAUGAUCUCGGUCCCUUCACCAAGCCCUGUGGAAUAUGUUGUGAUGUCAGAGACGCUGCGUUGCUACAUGUUUUACCACUAAGAAAUCCAAGUUUGGCGGGCAAACGACUAUUCCCAGUAAACGGGACUGGGUUGAAACAACACAGUUACGAGGACGGGAAAUUUAAUUUGCAGAGAAUUAUCAAUGUGCUGAAUGCAACUUUCCCAGAACUUGAAGGCAGCUUACCUGUUGGAUCGCAAGCGGAAAACCAAUCUAAUUUGGACAAACUGACCCGCUAUAACAAUGAUGAAACUUGUUCGCUGACCGGGAUGGAAUUUAAGUCGUUUGCGACCACCUUGCGUGAUGCGGCGGUGCAAAUAUUGAAAGCCACCUCCAAACGUCAGGCGUAA